GGAGAGAUGGCUCAGGGGUGAAGACCACUUGAUGACUGACAUAAUCAGCGUUUUAGAAAUAACAUUUCCUUGGCUUCUUGUAUGGAGGGUGGUUUGGUGUCUUUCCCUCCAUCCCCAGUGAAAACAUCACUGUGCUUGGUGGCUUACUUGUAUAUACAACCUGUGUCUUCCUUAAAACAAAACAAAAAACAACAGUUCACCAGGCAGUGAUGGUGCACACCUUUGAUCCCAGCACUCAGGAGACAGAGGCAGAUGGUUCUCUGUGAGUUUGAAGCCAGCCUGGUCCUAGGGAGUUCUAGGACAGCGAGAGCUACACAGAGAAACCCUGCCUCAAAAAAGCAAAACAAAAAAAUAUAUAUGUCUGUCUGAAACAAUAGUCAUAUACUUUAUUCCUUUUAUGACUCCUGAUUGUAUGUGUGUUCGGCAGGCAGACAGACACUAGGGCUACGUAAUGUAGGUUAGGCUCAAACUGGCAACAGUUCUUCCUCAGAUCCCUAAAGUGCUGGGAUGCCAUGCAUGACUCACGUCUAUAACUCCAAUGGUUGGGAGGUAGAAGCAGAAAGAGAACACAGGUUUAAAGCUAGCCUAGAUUACAUAGCUAGGCUUUGUCUCAAAAAUCCUAAAAAAUACAUUCAGCCUGGUUUUGACCCACUCACUACUGAGAACUGUAACCUGAGUUUGUAUAGCUAGAUGUCCCUUUAAGAUCGCUUGCAAAUCUGAUACUAAGUUGGGCUGGCUUUGGCUUUAUUUGAACAACAAACAACAGAGGCAAAGGGCAGGGCAGUGGAGACUAAGGAUGUCUGCAAAGAGGGGAAAGCCUGCUAAGGAGCUGUGGCAAGAGGGGCUGGGAGUAGCUAAAGUUCUUUGUGGGAUAGGUGGCUUAUCCGCACGUGUGGCGAUGAUGGGUGCUUUCACAAAGGCUUGUGAGAAAUAGAUGACCCAUGCACUUGGUGACUUAGCACAGCACUCACUAUGGGACCCCUGCCCCUGGCUUCUCCUCCAUGCUGUAUGGAAUGAAGAUUGCAAAUCUGGCCUUCGUCACCAAGACUCGGGUCAGGUUCUUCAAACUAGACCGCUGGGCUGAUGUGCAGUUGCCAGAAAAGAGGCGAAUAAAGCCAGGGUCGAGUAUCAGCAAGCAACACAGAUCACUGUUGGCCAGGAUCUUUCAUGACAGGGCUGAAUAUCUUCAUGGGAAGCAUGGGGUGGCCGUGGAGGUCCAGGGACCCCACGAAGCCCGAGAUGGGCAGCUCCUUAUCCGCCUGGAUUUGAACCGCAAAGAGGUACUAACUCUACGGCUUCGGAACGGAGGAAGCAAGCCUGUCACCCUCACUCAUCUCUUCCCACUCUGCUGGACACCUCAGUUUGCCUUCUACCAUGGUGAACAGGACCUUCCCUGUCCACUGAGCCCAGGUGAAAGCUAUGAGCUCCAUGUCUACUGUAAGACCAGCAUCGUGGGUUACUUCCCAGCCACCGUCCUCUGGGAGCUGCUGGGACCUGGGGAAUCGGGAUCCGAAGGAGCAGAAACUUUCUACAUUGCCCGCUUCUUGGCCGCCGUUGCCCACAGCCCGCUGGCUGCGCAGUUGAAACCCACAACUCCCUUCAAACGCACGCCCCGGCUCAGUAGAAACCCUGUGUUGACCAACCGGAUAGAGGAAGGAGAGAGGCCUGACCGUGCCAAGGGCUAUGAACUAGAGCUAAGUUUGGCCCUGGGGACCUACUACCCACCCAUCCGCCUCCGGCAACUGCUCCCUACCCUUCUUCAGGGACCAAGCAUCUUCACCUCCCCAAAGGAGGUUGCGGAGAUCAAGGCCCAGCUGGAGACAACCCUGAAGUCCCGGAACUAUGAGGUGAAGCUCCGGCUGCUGCUGCACCUGGAAGAGCUGCAGAUGGAGCAUGACAUCCGGCACUAUGACCUGGAAUCGGUGCCCAUGACCUGGGACCCUGUGGACCAGAAUCCAAGGCUGCUCACCCUGGAGGUUCCUGGUGUGGCUGAAAGCCGUCCCUCAGUGCUACGGGGUGACCACCUUUUUGCCCUUUUGUCCUCUGAGACCCACCAGGUGGACCCUGUUACCUACAAAGGUUUUGUACACAAGGUAGAACUGGAUCGCGUAAAGCUGAGCUUUUCCACAAGCCUCCUGAGCCGAUUUGUGGAUGGGCUGACCUUCAAGGUGAACUUUACCUUCAACCGCCAGCCCCUUCGGGUCCAGCACCGGGCCCUGGAGUUGACGGGGCGCUGGCCUCUGUGGCCCAUGCUUUUUCCUGUGGCCUCCCAAGGGGUUUCGCUGCUGCCCUCAGAUGUGAAGUUCAAGCUGUAUGAUCGGAGUCUGGAGUCGAACCCUGAGCAGCUCCAGGCCAUGAAGCACAUUGUGAGGGGCACCACCCGGCCUGCCCCCUACAUCAUCUUUGGGCCUCCAGGUACUGGCAAGACCGUCACAUUAGUGGAGGCCAUCAAGCAGGUGGUGAAGCACUUGCCCAAAGCCCACAUCCUGGCCUGCACUCCGUCUAACUCGGGGGCUGACCUCCUCUGUCAGCGGCUCCGGGUCCACCUGCCCAGCUCCAUCUACCGUCUCCUGGCCCCCAGUAGGGACAUCCGGAUGGUACCUGAGGACAUUAAGAGCUGCUGUAACUGGGAUGCUAAGAAGGGAGAGUAUGUGUAUCCUGCCAAAAAGCAUCUACAGCAAUACCGGGUCUUAAUCACCACCCUCAUCACUGCCAGCAGGUUGGUGUCAGCCCAGUUUCCCAUCGAUCACUUCACACACAUCUUCAUCGAUGAGGCUGGCCACUGCAUGGAGCCUGAGAGUCUGGUGGCCAUAGCAGGACUGAUGGAUGUCAAAGAAACGGGCAACCCAGGAGGGCAGCUGGUACUAGCAGGAGACCCCCGGCAGCUGGGGCCCGUGCUUCGGUCACCAUUGGCCCAGAAGCAUGGACUUGGCUACUCUCUGCUGGAGCGCCUGCUUACCUACAACUCACUGUACAAGAAGGGCCCCAAUGGCUAUGAUGCCCAGUUCAUCACCAAACUGCUCCGCAACUACAGGUCUCAUCCCACCAUCCUAGACAUCCCUAACCAGCUGUACUACGAUGGAGAGCUGCAGGCCUGCGCAGACGUGGUGGAUCGAGAACGGUUCUGUCGCUGGGAGGGGCUGCCUCAACAGGGCUUUCCCAUCAUCUUCCAUGGUGUGAUGGGCAAAGAUGAGCGAGAGGGCAACAGCCCAUCCUUCUUCAACCCUGAAGAGGCUGCCACCGUGACUUCAUACCUGAAACAGCUCCUGGCCCCUUCCUCUAAGAAGGGUAAAGCUCGCCUGAGCCCCCGGAGUGUGGGCGUCAUCUCCCCGUACCGGAAGCAGGUGGAAAAAAUCCGUUACUGCAUCACAAAACUUGACCGGGAGCUUCGAGGACUGGAUGACAUCAAGGACUUGAAGGUGGGCUCUGUGGAAGAGUUCCAAGGGCAAGAACGGAGUGUCAUCCUCAUCUCCACCGUCCGAAGCAGCCAGAGCUUUGUACAGCUCGAUCUGGACUUUAACCUCGGUUUCCUUAAGAACCCCAAGAGGUUCAACGUGGCUGUGACCCGGGCCAAGGCUUUGCUCAUCGUAGUGGGCAACCCUCUCCUCCUAGGCCAUGACCCAGACUGGAAAACAUUCCUGGAGUUCUGUAAAGAAAACGGGGGGUAUACCGGAUGCCCCUUUCCCGCUAAACUGGACCUCCAGCAGGGACAGGAUUUACUCCAAGGCCUGAGCAAACUCAGCCCCUCUACCUCAGGGCCCCGCCGUCACCAGAAUGUCCCCCAGGAUGGUGAAGAGGGCCUGCCCUUACAAGUGGAGCCAGAGUGGAGAAAUGAGCUCUGAAGACACAGUUGCCGUCUUCUCACACCAGCCAAGCCUUAUUGCUGCCUAUCCCUGACCCUGAACCCAGCUCACCUGUCCCUCAAGAGAUGGGAAGGCUGGGAAGUUUACAGCCCAAACCAUUCCACCCCUUCCUCUGCUAGGGAAAAUAACCCAAGCUGCUAAAACUUGGAGGAAGGGGGAGGAAGAAAGCUUUUUUUUCCCCUCUCCUUUGCAGUACUGGGGAUUGAACCCAGAGCCUCAAAUACGCUAGGCAAGCGCUCAGGCGUUGAGCUGCUCUAAGAAAAACAAAAUGCUGUUCUAUGCAAAAGCCUCUUGCUUAAGUCUCAUCAGCCUGGUCCUGCUUCCUGUGCUCCCACGCUGACCCUCCAGGAGGGUAUCUGCCCAGGGCCACGCCCCUUCAUAGCUGGGAGGGAACCCAGUGCACAGGGAAGCCACCCACAGGCUUCUAUGUUUAGCCAAUGGUACAGAGCACUCCCCUCACCCACCCAGGCAGUCAGCCAAACAUGACCUCAUCCUUUACUCUAGACUCCACCCCAUCCCCUCCUGCCUCCCCUCCCACCCCCCACCAGCCCUGCCUCUGCAGACAGGGGCCCAGCCUAACCAGCAACUUGGAAAUGAAGAAAAAGAUGGGACUCCAGGCUCACAGCCAAGGUAGGCCAGGAAAGACAGGAAGCUGCCACACGUGGUGCAACCUUUGACCUUUAUUCGUAUCCUGCCUUCCCACCAAGUUAAGGCUAUUACCCAAAGCAGAAAUCCCAGUCCUUACCCUAGACUCCUCCUGUGAGUCAGAAAUAUAUAAAGUGCUGGUGUGUGAUAUGGGGAAGGCCAAAGGGACUAAGAGCCCCACCCCUGGACCAAUGCAGCAGGAGGAGGGGCUCUGCUCAGGAAGGGCAGGGCACCAGCCUGGUUCCCAGAGGCAGGGAGGAAGGGACUACCAGCUCCAACUUGGGGCUGGGAAAACUCAUGCAGUCCUGGGCAGGAAGAAACCAAAAAAGAAACUGGCAGCAUGGAGUCCUACAAGGAUGGAGUGGGGGGCAGGAGGGAGGCAACUGAGGAGAUUUUGAGGAACUCAGAGAAUGGGACAGCCCCUCCGGCGCUUAUUCUUGCGGACCUGUAGACCAGCCCGAGUGGCCAUCUCAAAUACCUCCCGCACCCCUUCCUUAGUCUUGGCUGAGCACUCAAGGUAGCCGAAGGCACUGAUCCUGUUUGCCAUGUCCCGGCCUUCCUCAGAUCGAACAGGCUCCUGAUAAGACAAGAUACGGGGUCAAAAGAAGGGGCCAGUGAGCGUCCUCCAGACUGGCCCUGCAGAACACCCAGGUCAGCUGACCACAGGCAGUUUCCAGGCUGGAGACAUAAGACCCAAGUUGCCAUUUCAGAAUUCUGUCCGUUCCUCUCCUCCCACCCUGCUCUGUUCCCACAGCACCCAUCCCUCCUCUGAACAACUGCGCAACUGGCCUCUGUCCUCGCCCUCCUCUAGUCCAGUGCUUUUCGACCUUCCUAAUGCUGCAACCCUUUAAUACAGUUCCUCGUGUGGCGGUGACACACACCCCCAUCAUAAAAAAUAUUUUCAUUGCUACUUCAUAA